CCCCCGCCCUGCCCGGAGGCUGUAGUUGGUGCGGAUCGUUAGGUGUUGGGACUCUGGUUGGCGUCGUGCCUUUUUCUCUUCUGCAUACAGAUUGUUUUGAAUCGGACUUAAAGUGAUCAGAAAUGAGUGAACCAUCUGAACUUGAUAAUGAAAAAAAGAGUUCCACUCAAGAACAUGCAGACUCAAAUUUUCCUGAGCGAGAGUGUCAAAUUGGACAGAAACAACUGCAACAAAUAGAGCGACAAUUAAAAUCCUUAGCAUUUCAAAACCCAGGACCUCAGGUUGCAGACUUCAAUCCUGAAACCAGAGAGCAGAAAAAGAAGGCCCACAUGUCAAAGAUGAAUGAGUAUUUUUCUGUGAACAAAGUGAUGAAGAAAUAUGACAGGAAUGGCCGGCUGAUUUGUAAUGAUGUAGACUUAUGUGACUGCCUGGAGAAGAACUGCCUAGGUUGCUUCUAUCCAUGUCCCAAGUGUAACUCAAACAAAUGUGGACCAGAAUGCCGCUGUAAUAGAAAAUGGGUCUAUGAUGAUAUUGUAACCGAGGCUGGUGAUAUUAUCAGCACAUUGCCAUUUUUUGUUCCCGACUAA